AUUAUUAUGGCACGACUCCGGUUUUGUUUGUUACAGACACCGAAUUAUUGAAAAAUGUUCAAAUCAAAGAUUUCCAUAAUUUUUCAGAUCGACCGAGUCUCCAUGCAGAAAGCAACAAGGUGUCUUCAAAUCGAUUAGCUUAUCAUUUAAUUAGUUUGAAAGGUGCAAAAUGGAAGCAGAUGAGAAGCGUAGUUACACCUUCUUUUACCACAAGCAAGAUGAAACUGGUAUAAAAAUGUCGCCCAUUAUAAACGAUGCCAUUGAACUUCUGUUAAACAAUUUUGAGAAAUUUUGUGAAUCGGGAGAAGCAUUUGAAUCCUAUGCUCUAUAUCAAAGGCUGACCAUGGAUGUAAUUGUCAGAACGGCCUUUGGUUUUCAGUCCGAUAUUCAGAUAAAUCCCAAAAGUUCUCUUUAUAAAUUGUCCAAUAUUUUAAUUCAUGCACCCUUUAAACAUUUGUUUAUACUCUUUACAAGAUCUUUUGAGUUUCUCCAACCGUUUUUUCGACUUGUUCGCAUCAUUUUUGGUGCGAUAAUCAACAGAGGUAGAAAUCCUCUCAAGGAAUUGUUAGAUAAUUGUGAAGCCAUCAUCAACUCUCGCAAGAAAGAUCCCACAAAAAGACGAACAGAUUUUCUCCAGUUGAUGAUCGAUGCCCGAAUCGAAGACAAAGCCAACAUUGAUUAUCAAUCACUAGCUGCUAGCGAAAGCGUCGACAAAGAAAGUAACGAGAAAGAAUUAAUUAACGGCACUUCCAACUCUAGAUCAUUGACCAUGGACGAAAUGGUAGGAAAUGCAUUCGUAUUCCUUCUUGCUGGGUUCGAAACUACAAGUACAGCUUUAUCUUACUGCUCUCUGAUGCUGGCUAAUUUUCCGGAAGUUCAAGAGAAGAUUAGAAAAGAAGUAAAUGCUCUGAUGGAAGAAGAGGAAGAAUUAGAUUACGGUUCAGUACAGAAAUUGCAAUAUUUGGAUCAAGUACUCAAGGAGACACUUCGUUUGUAUCCGCCUAUUUAUUUAUUUGUAAACAGAGAAGCUUCCGAUAAUGUUCAAUACGAAAAUAUAUUUAUUCCGAAAGGAAUGUCUAUUCAAGUUCCAGUUUACUGGUUACAUCGCGAUCCGAAUAACUGGGAAAAUCCCGAAGAAUUUCGUCCAGAAAGGUUUGCUCCAGAGAAUGCAAACAAACACAAUCCUCUUUCGUGGCAACCGUUUGGAGCGGGACCCAGAAACUGCGUGGGAAUGAGAUUCGCAAUGAUGGAAGCCAAAUUAGUUUUGGCUCGGCUAUUACAAAAAUACCGUGUAUUGCCGUGUGAAAAAACCGACAAGCAUCCCAUUCAGUUGAAACCUUCGCCGAUUGCCGUUAGACCGAAGUAUGGAGCUUAUGUUAAAUUAGAGCGUUGCUGAUUAUUCUAUAUUGUUAUGGAAUUAUCAAAACAUUUUGCCAAUUAAAAUGUUUUUUGUUAAAUAUGUGAAUAAUUUGCUACUAAAUUUGAAAAGUUUAUAAAUAAAAUAAAUAUAAAGAAAAAACAUUUUGAAUUUUUCUAAUCAUUUACAAAUUGUGUAAAUUCAGAGUUACAUGAAUAUGGGAAAUUGAGGAAUAUUUUUUCUACAUGUUAACCCAACAUUACAUGUUGGGUUAUCUGUUAUAAAUCUGUUAUAAGAGCUAUUUGUUUUAUUAUUUUCCUUUAACUUUUAAAGGUAAGUUGAAUGUAUACGGUUGAUAACGUGACGUACUAGAUUAGGAAAUC